CGAGAGAACUCUAUGAUCAGGAGGAGCGUUCCUUCCUGAACCCGGAAGUUAAUUCAACCCACGUGGCGCCGAACCCCCUGAAUUUCUGGAUUGGAAAAAGGAGCAGGUUUACCCAUGAAGAAGUAGGAGUAGAAUGGACCCUCUCCACGCCUUUCACGCCGCCUUCCGGAAAGCGGCCAAGUUGCCCUAUGUCAUUUGCCUCGCCACUCCUUUUAAGAAUAUCCGCUACUUCUCCGCGUGGAAGAAACCGCCACUGUUGGAAGAUCAGCCUCUUAAGGAAGUCAGCCACGAAGAUAUCGCAGCUUUGCCGCCUGGUCAUUCCUCGGAAACGUCGAAACUUGAGGAAACUCACCAGUUGAGCUCCACGGCGCGUCCCCGUGGGAAAAAUGAGCGCCAGGCUGAUGUUGUUCAGAAUAAACCCUUCCCAAAAUUCCGCACCAAAGCUGUGCCGUCCACCACUAAGGAAGAAUUCCAGAACCUGAGAAAUGACGAUUUUGUCUCCAAGCAUAAAACGACGCAGAGAAGUCUCCAUCUCCCAGAAAGGAAUAAAGGCGCGGAAAUCUUGUUCGGGACAGCCCCCUGCUCGUUGGCCCUCGGGCGAUCCAAGCGAACAUUUUUCCAGCUCUUCCUCAAAGCGAGCCAAGGCAGGACGUCUCCUGGGGCAGAAAAAUUUGCCCAGUACGCUGAGGAACAUGGGAUCCCGGUGAAGAGGGUUCACAGGAAGGUCUUGGAUGCCCUUUGUAAAGGGGGCGUCCAUCAGGGGGUGUGCUUGGAAGCCUCCCCUCUUCGCCCCCUGGCAUGGCAGGAAGGGCCACUCCACCAAGCCCCGGUUGGCAAGGGGUUGCAGUGCAUCUGGCUGGUUUUGGAGGGGAUACACGAUCCCAUGAAUUUGGGGGCGGUCCUGCGGACGGCGCACUUCCUUGGGGUUGACGGGAUUGUGACGAGUGAAAGGAACAGCUGCUCCCUGACGCCGGUUGUUAGCAAAGCCAGCUCGGGCGUCAUGGAAGUUUUUGAUGUAUUUAGCGCCGAUGAUGUUCCAGAACUUCUAAAGACAAAAUCCGAAAAAGGCUGGGAAAUUCUCGGGACGGUUGGCCAUGGAAAGGUUCCGGAAGACAUUCCAGUAGUCCCUUGCUCAAACUUUCGCUGGACUGGACCCACUAUACUGCUCCUCGGAAAUGAAGGUUAUGGCUUGACUCCGGAGACACAGAUGCUGUGCCACAGGAUGCUGACUAUCUCUCCAGGAAGAGAUUUGGAAUUUGGGGUGGAGUCCUUAAACGUGUCCGUGGCAGCCGGCAUCCUUUUGCAUGGCAUAUGCAACCAGAGAAAUAACCACCCCAAAAUGACGGCAUCUGAAGGAGGGGGAGGAACAGCGUCUACGGCUGAAACAGACUGCAGCCAGGAAAAGCAAGCGACGAACACCCUGGCCUAGAAUGAAUUUCAGACGGCUGAAGAAUUCUGGAACCCCUAAAACGGAGGCAGCCUGGCCGGUGGGAUUAUAUUUUCACCCCAUGUCGUUUGUCCUUUAUCUGCGCUCUGGAAUUUUAGGGGAACCUGGCCUCCUCUUUUGCAAGCUUUGAAGAGCCUCUUGUCCUACCUGAAAACAAUAAACACCUACCUGGUAUCCAGAGGCCUAAAGUUUCAUCAAAGUAACCCACCCGUUACAGCAGUGAUGGCUAACCUUUUUGUUGUCAUGUGCCGAAGGCGUGCAUGCGCGUGACAGCACCCGCCCCACGCCCAUAAUGCAAUGCGGGCGUGACACCACACCUGUGCGCCCUGCCCCUUGCGCAUGUGUGCAUGACCCCUUGUGCAUGACUUCCCCACUCCCCGUUUUGGAGCAAUAACGGGGUCUGGAGCGGGGGGGGGGCACUGCCCUCUCCCGUGCCCCGUUUUGGGCCUAGUAGGCCUCCCUGCAGCCUCCUGGGAGCAAACAUCAGCCAUGGAGGGGGGCGCUGCCCUCACCCAAGCCCCAUUUUCGGCCUAGUAGGCCUCCUGCAUCCUCCUGGGAGCAAAAAUCAGCCUUGGGGGAGGCUGCCCACUCCUGUGCCCCAUUUUGGGCCUAGUAGGCCUCCCUGCAGCCUCCUGGGAGCAAAAAUUGCCCAUGGGGGGGGGGGCGC